AACACAGCCGAGUUGGUCGAGAGUGUGGUCUUUCGGGCUUGAGAUGUGUGAGGUCUCAGGUUCGAACCCCGCUACACCACUUGGUGUUCCCGGAGGCACCAUGAGUGCUGGAGACGAAGUCUCCUCCUUGUAUCGGAUGCUAGGCCUUGAAAUGUUGCUGAUGCAGGUACUCCCCAGGUUUAGUAGACAACGCUGCCACAAAAGUGGCAUGUGGGGUUGAGGUUCCUGGGUAAUAAAAAAAAAAAUUGCAUAAUUAUUCUAAUAAAUGUGACGUAGAUGUUUGAUAGGGUAAUUCAAAACCCAAUAGUAAAUUUCGCCA